AAGUGGAAUCUUGAACAUAUUUCAUGAAUAACUUCCUUUAGUCUGUCGGUCGAUCUUGAAUUUUGAAGUUAGCUUUUGAUUUCGUUUCUUGAAAAGAAAUACUAGGACUUUUUGAAUCUUUGAGUAAAUUCGCAAUCUGCUAGAUAGAUCGACGCAGCAAAUUAAUCGGAUAUGAUUACUAUUAACCUCGUCCUCCUUUUCUCCUUCCUCUCCUCCCUCGUAUCCGCUCACUUCUCCCUCGAAUAUCCCCCUUCGCGCGGCAAUUCCUUCCUCCCACCUGCUUCCCAAUGGAUCUAUCCAUGUACGUAGGACCACUGGUAUAUCUCCACCAUCUCUCCACAAAUACUAAACCUCAUUUCCAGGUGCAAACAUAAACACCACGGAGAAUCGUACUCUCUACCCCACUAGUUCCUUCCCCAUUGGCCUCAACUUACAUCAUCACUGGACAUAUAUAUUCGUAAAUCUCGGUAUAUCCCCUCAUCCCUUCCCUUCCUCAUUCUCCGCCCAAAAACUAAUACCCCCUAGCACUCGGCACAAAUGGCUCCUCCAACUUCAAUAUCUCGCUUACUCCUGCACCCCUAAAUGCCACUGGAUCAGGACACCUCUGUCUCUCCGACUUCGAUUUACCCUCUGAAAUUAAACUCGAAGAUGGAUUAAAUGCCACAGUGCAGGUAGUUACUGUCGGAGAAAGUGGUAGUGCGCUUUACAAUGUAAGAGACCCCUUUCUUUUCGAUUUUUCUUUUCCUACUUCUCUCAUUCAUUCAUUCUUUCUUUCUUUCUCAUUUAUUUCCCCCAAAUUCAACCAAGAAGGGAAAUAUGAGAGCAGAAAAAAGAAACUAGAGAAUCAAACAAAGAAGAAUAAGACUAACACAAGAAAAACAGUGCGCAGAUAUAACCUUCUCCAGUAACACCACCGCCCUGCACGCUUCGGACAAUUCAACUCAAUGUCCCACCAGUCCUAAUAUCACAGUCACCAAACUUUCCGAUAAAUCAACCUGUCCAACUGAGUCUAGUUCCACAACUACUUCUUCUGCUCGCGCCAGCUCUAGCACUUCGAGUGGAACGAAGAAUUCUGGUAUUUCUUUGAGCGCUACUUUGGUAUUAAUGAGUGCUUUGGGAGUUGCCAGACUGUUAGUUAUUUAGUCGUUUAGAUGAGGACCUUCGGGGAAAAAGGAAGGGAUGGGAGAUUGGGAGAUAAUAUGGUGAAGAAGCGAAAUGGUAAUGAUUCGUAGGAGUAUUCAGAUAUGAAAUUUUAAAUUCUGGUGUGGAAAAACAAGCAUGGAGUUAA